AUCUAUACCAUCUCUCCUUUCCACGCCCCUGAGAUGGAACUCGAUAUCUGGAAAGGUGAAAAGAAGGAAGACACCCAAGUCGAGCUCUACAAGAAAACCCCAAAUGCACCAAACCAUCAAUUCCAGAUUGUCUAUGCUGGAGGCGUCGGCGGUAACCCUGAGAAGGGCGACCACGAGUACUUUAUCAUUCCCGUCAACUCUGGUCUCUACGUUACUGCUCAUGUCACGACCCAGCUCCUUCCCCCCAAAGAUUCCUCAAUCCGCUGGAAGCUUGCGCACGCCGGAAAUGUCAUCAACCACGUGGAUGGCAAGGAGCAGCUCAAUGUUCGUGGCGGGAGCAAAGAUGAAAGAACGAAAGUUAUUACGUACCAGAUGGCGACAUCUCCUACACUACCUCCUGGUUGA